GCUAUGGGGAACACCCCGAGCGUGCCAGAGGAAGCUGAGGAUGACAACACCUGCACAGUGAAGAGCUACCAGCCUCUCCCCGGGUCUCCUGACAGUGUUCAAAAUGGAUCUGUGGUGUUUGCUCAGAGCCCUCCCCUGGCAGUGAAUGGUGAAGCGGAUGCCCAGGCUCCUGCUGCCCAGGACAAUGCCGCCGUUUCUCCGGCGGAGCCGAGCGGCGGGAGCGCUGCCAGGAGGGCUCUGCCAGCUGCCAGGCCCCGCUCCCUGCUCCCCGUGCCCUGGGCUGUGCCAGGGCGUGCCGAGGGGCCAGCGGCAUCUCCAGCCCCUGCAGAGCCCGCUGCCGAUGCCGCCGGCCUGAACAAAGCCCCGAGUGAGGCCACGGAGGGGCCCGGGGCGGCCGCGGCCCAGCAGGGCGGCCAUAAAACCCCGGGCCGGGCCCCGCCGCGGGACGUGGAGCUGGCGGGGACGCCCGAGGGACGGGAUGUGGGCACCCCAAAGGCCAAGCCGGUGACGCUGCUCGACAGGAUCUUCAAGCUGGAGAAGGGCAAGGGCAGGACACGAGGUGACCCCCAGGAGGGAAGGCAGGGCGCGGACGUGCCCAACGGGAGCGUCGCGGCCGGCGCGCCCAACGGGGUCCCGCUGGGCAAGGAGAUAGAUGAGUGCACCCAAAAGGAGCUCGGGCAGGACUCUGCAGGUGAAGAGGGCCCGGCUGCUGCAGCACCUGGCAGGGCACAGGUAGAGCAGGACAGAGCCCAGGCGGCUGCAGGACAGGGCUCAGUCAUGAGCUUCCUCAGAACACUGGUCUCCCCAAGCAAAGCUGAAGCCAAAAGUGAUUCUGAAGACAAGGGCUCCAAGGUGGAGAAGGGCCCUGGGGGACAGGCUGGCCCGAAGGCAGCGGCAGAAUCCCCCUCCAAAGGAGCCAAGAAAAAGAAGGCAGAGAGCCCCAGGCUGGGCCACAGCACCUUUAGCAAACUCUUUAGGCACAAGGCUGCAAAAGAAACCCAGCAGACAACCAACACCAAAAGCCCUGAGCAGCCUCCUGUCACCUGUGUGAAAGCAGACAGAAAUGUCCCUCCCUCCCAAGAGCCACCGGCCAAGCAGAACCCGAAAGCACCCGAGGCCGCGGCCCCUGCACAGGCAGUGACCACCGAAUCCCCCCGGGAGGCCACCAAGGACAAGGGCUCGGCCACCCCCCUGCCCCUGAGCAAGCUCUUCUGGAAAAAGAACUCCUCGGAAGAAGCAGAGGCUGUGAGCAGUGAGAAGGCAGAGGUGGCUCUCGAGGCCGUGGCUCCCAACAGGGACGAGAGCAAGAGCGCAGAGAGCGCCGAGGUGAAACCUCGAGGGGAGAGCAAAACGCCCAAGGCAAACCUGAGGAAGUUCUUUAAGCUGUCAGUCAGGGGUGCUGGAGGGACCCCCAGUUCAGAGGAGGGAGAUGCUCCCAGCCCCAGACAUCACCAUGGAUGGUUUGAUCUGGCAGUCUUUGCUCAUGGAAUUCCAGCAGCUCCCUGGGAGCCCUUCCCUGAGCCAGCGCUGCAGGACUCCAUCCCAACCUCUGUCAAUGAAAACCUGCUGGGCAGCAGGAUUCCUCCCUGCCAGACUUUAAACGCCACAGAGAAGCCUCUUGCCCCGUCUGACAGCGACCCUGGGGGCCAAAGGAGCAAGGAGGGCUCCAAAGACAAGAAGUCCACGCUGGAGCUGGGCAAGCAGAAGGGCAAGGAGCAGCCAGAGCCCCAGGAGGGGCCAGCAGCCGACCCCGACUCCAUCCAGAACGGCGGCGACGCCAAGGAACCCCCCUACAAGAAGACAGAGAAGAGGCAGUCCCUGGGAGGGUUUUUUAAAGGCCUUGGCUCCAAAAGGAUGUCAGAUGCAGAAGUGCAGACAGAUCCCGUGUCCAUCCUCCCUGCUGGGAAACCCAAGUAG